UUUUACUCUAUUUAUUCUCAUUUCUUACACUUUCACCUCUAAAUAUUAUAUUUUUAGAGAAUCUUUUAUAAUUUUGUAUAUAAAUUUUUAUCUUAAUCUACUUCGUUUAGAAGGACUGGUUUUAUAAUUUAUCAAACAAAUAUCUAAACCCCGUUUUUGUUUGAUUUAUUUUCACAUAUUUUAAAUUAUUUUCCUUAUUUUAAUCCCUCGUAUUGUAAAUUAUUGAUAAUUUCCCAUUCAUUUAAUGAAGUUUUUGUAAAAUGGCCUCUAAAGUUUCAGCACCGCCUUCUAAUAAUUCUGUUUGGAACAGAAACGAAAAAACUGCAGAUGUAAGAAAGAAAAACAUCCUAGCCGCCAAAGCCGUCGCUGAUUUGGUUCGAACUAGUUUGGGCCCUAAGGGCAUGGAUAAGAUGAUCCAAGAUGGCAAGGGCGGAGUUAUUAUAACCAACGAUGGUGCUACCAUACUCAAGGAAUUAUCACUGGUUCACCCAACUGCUAAAAUGAUGGUGGAACUGAGUAAGUCUCAGGAUAUCGAGGCGGGAGAUGGAACUACCUCAGUCGUGGUUAUCUGUAAGGCUCUUCUGGAGAUGGUUGAGAACCUCCUCAACCAAGGAAUUCACCCACAAACUAUCGCCGAUAGUAUGAUGUUGGCUGUAAAUAAGACGGAGGAAAUAUUGGAGUCUAUUUCCAAGCCAAUUUCACUCGAAGAUAGAUCACUCUUAAUAGAUAUUGCUGGAAUUUCUCUUCAAUCUAAGGUGGUAUCACAGAACGCCUCAUUACUGGCACCAAUGGCUGUUGACUGUGUUCUUGGUGUUAUGGAUUCCCCAGAAUCAAGAAACGUGGACUUAAGAAGCGUAAGGAUAGUAAAGAGCAUUGGUGGGACCAUAGAGGAUAGUGAAAUGGUUGACGGACUAGUGUUUAGUGAUCAGAAAGCAGUAAAAACUGCAAGUGGCCCAACAAGAAUCGUUGAUGCUAAGAUUGGACUCAUUCAAUUCUGUUUAUCAACCCCUAAAACUGAUAUGGACAACAACAUUGUUGUUAAGGAUUACCAAUCCAUUGAUAGGAUCAUGAGGGAAGAACGCCUUAUUACUGCUAAAAUGGUUAAAAAAAUUGCUCAAACGGGUUGUAAUGUUCUCCUAAUACAGAAAUCAAUUCUACGUGAUGCUGUUACGGACUUAUCUCUCGAUUACUUGGCAAAAGCUAAGAUAAUGGUAAUAAAGGACAUUGAGCGUGAGGACAUCGAGUUUAUAACCAAGAGCAUUGGUUGUGAGGAAGUUGCAAGUAUCGACCACUUCACUCCAGAAAAGUUGGGAACUGCCAAAUUGGUCGAGUCUAAAGUAGAGGGAGCUUCCAGAAUUGUUAAGAUCACUGGGGUUAAUAUGAAGAAAACAGCCUCAGUCCUCAUUAGAGCCUCAAACACACUGGUUCUUGACGAAGCUGAAAGAUCACUCCAUGACGCCUUAUGUGUAGUCAGAUGUCUCGUUAAAAGAAGAUCUAUUCUUCCUGGCGGUGGUGCACCUGAGAUGGAAAUCUCCCACAAACUUUCUCAAUGGGCAAUGACUUUGGAAGGAGUUUCUCAAGUUUGUGUGAAAGCUUUUGCUGAAGCUCUGGAGAUUAUUCCCUAUACUCUGGCUGAAAAUGCAGGAAUGUAUCCACUCAGUGUUAUCACAGAGUUAAAGGCUAAACAUGUCCAAGGUGGUACUAACUACGGGAUAAACAUAAAGAAGAAUAGCAUCUCUGACAUGUUCGAGGAUAAUGUCAUUCAGCCCCUUUUGGUCACUCUCUCAGCCAUCAAACUCGCAACUGAAAGCGUUCUCAUGAUUUUAAAAAUUGAUGAUAUUGUACUCUCCCGCUAAUUAACUAAUUUUAUACUCUAUA